AGUUGUCAUCGAUUUCCUGACUUUGGCCUUCAUUGUUGUUUCCAUGUUCAUCAAUGCAACCAAUUCAUAUUAAGAAGAAGUCAAUACUCCAUACAACACAAAUAGACAAAUCAAGGACAUUGCGGUACUGAUUUUCCGGAGUGUUAGGGACAUUGUGUUGUUGUUGGACUCACUGUUAGUAUGCUCAGAUUGAGUACGUGGACCAUGAUUGUGCUCGGGACGCCGUUUGUUUUGGCAUUCCUAAGCAUGGUUAAUACGUACCGAGAGACAUUCACAGACAAAGAAGUCCGACGUCAAAGAUCACUCCUGUUUCAAGCGUCUAGUGGAACCGAGGGCUCCGAGAAGGCGAACAAUUUGACGUAUUAUUCCAUCUUGCGAAAAGAUCGUUCGGGGGCCGCCAUUCACGACAUACUUGUUGCUCACGCCUACUGCAGCGCCAAUGGCCUUCGCUACGGUGGAGCAUGCCAGAAAGUUGAUACGUCCUAUACCUUUCAAUCAGCCCAUGAGAAUCUAUUGCGGACUUUGGGCCUGGAAGACACAUUUUUGCCCUUUGGUCUUUGUCCGUCUGAAUCUGAUUCGUCGGCAAUCAUUCUGGAGCGGGAAACGUAUUUUGCAACCGAUUCGGCCAUUUUGACAAAGGGUUGGCUAUCCGAAAUCAAAUCGCUUCGCCGACCGUCACCCCCGAGGCCGAGCGACCGUCCCGUCCAAGUCGCCGCACACGUUCGACGUGGAGACGUCACACCCUGCCAAAGCAAUGUAGUGUUUCGGUAUCUUCCCAAUACUCAUUUCCAAAGGAUAAUCGAAACGAGGGUUUUACCAAAACACCCCAACGCCAAUAUAACAAUCUAUUCCGUACACAAGUCUUUUGAGGAUUGGGAAAGCCUAUCCGGGUAUCAGCUGGACUUGCAUUCAAGCGCAAUGGAUGUCUGGGACUCCAUGGUCAAUGCCGAUAUUUUGAUCCUCUCCAAAAGCAGUUUUUCCUUUGUAUCGGCUAUCUUCAAUACGGGACGCGUGAUUUAUGCUCCAUUCUGGCACAAGCCUUUGCCGACGUGGGAAAGCACGCCCGAUUACAUACUAGCCGAGAGCCAAGCAGAGGUCGAACGGUUGAGGCAUCUCUGUCCCGAGUAG